CGUAGGCACCGGCUAAGCUAGACAGAAAAGAAAAACUAGAGUGGAGCAGUACGUGGAGAAUUAGAAAGGCCAAGUGUCUUGCGCGGGCGGGCGACGGAUCGGCAUCCAGCACCCCUCCGGCCGCGCUUGCUUGGCAAGCUCGAUCUCCUCCCGUGCGGGUGGUGAGGUGAGCGCGGCCAGCAAGCAAAGCGCGCGCGCGCGACGGAUAUCAUAAUCUUUUGGCCCCGUCGCCGUCGCGGGGGGUGUUGCUGUUGCCCGCCCUCCCACCAUAAAUUCGGGCGGCAGGCCACGCAAAGAUCGUUGGUGCGGAUGUCCAGGGAACAGAGCAAGGGAGCGCGAGUGUGAGCGUGGACUGGACCGUCGUCUACCUCUGCCUCUUCUUCCUCCUCUACCUACUGCCGCUCUUGAGCAAGUGCCUUGGUCUCUUCAGGGGGUGGAGCACGAACUGCUGACCGACGGCGAUGGCUACCACGAUGGAGAAGCUGGUGUUCUUGCUCUUAUGGGCUGCUGCUCUAAUGGAAGGUUCCAUGGUGAAGUCUCUCCCGUACGAUUCUUCCGCAAGCGUCGAGUGCUUGGUUGAGCCGAUGGAGCCGCACUACGGCGGCGGGCUCAUCGUCAACCCGGACUUCAGCGCCGGCCUCCGGGGCUGGUCGGCCUUCGGCUACGGCAGCGUCGCCGAGGGCGCGUCGGUGGCCACGGGGAACCGGUACGCCGUGGCGGGCAACCGGACGCGGCCGUACCACAGCGUCAGCCAGAAGGUGUACCUGCAGAACGACACGCACUACACUCUGUCCGCGUGGUUGCAGGUGAGCCAUGGUGCCGCCGCCGACGUGUGGGCGGUUGUCAAGACCGCCGACGACUUCGUUCACGUCGGCGGCGCCGUGGCCAAGCCCGGGUGCUGGUCCAUGCUCAAGGGCGGGUUCACCGCCGCCAACGCCGGGCGCGCCGAGAUCUACUUCGAGAGCAACGCGACGGUGGACAUAUGGGUGGACAGUGUCUCGCUGAAGCCGUUCAGCAAGGAGGAGUGGGCGGCGCACCGGACGGAGUCGACCCGCGCCGUGCGGAGGAAGAUGGUGAGGCUCCAGGCCAAGGACUCCGGCGGGAACCCGCUGCAGGGCGCGGAGGUGUCGGUGGAGAACGUGCGCAGCAGCUUCCCUCUGGGCGCGGCCAUGAGCCGCGAGAUCCUGACCAACCCGGGGUACCAGCAGUGGUUCACGUCCCGGUUCACGGUGACCACGUUCGAGAACGAGAUGAAGUGGUACAGCACGGAGCCGGCGCCGGGGCGGGAGGACUACACGGUGCCGGACGCGAUGCUGGCGCUGGCGAAGCAGCACGGCAUCGGGGUGCGCGGGCACAACGUGUUCUGGGACGACCCCAAGCAGCAGCCGCGGUGGGUGCAGUCGCUCCCCUACCCGGAGCUGCUGGCGGCGGCGUCGCGGCGGAUCCGGUCCUUCGUGUCGCGGUACGCCGGGCAGGUGAUCGCGUGGGACGUGGUGAACGAGAACCUGCACUACUCCUUCUUCGAGCGGCAGUUCGGGUGGGACGCGUCCACGGCCUUCUACGCGGCGGCGCGGCUGCUGGACGCCGGGUCGGCGCUCAUGUUCAUGAACGACUACAACACGCUGGAGCAGCCCGGGGACAUGGCGGCGGCGCCGGGGAGGUACGUGGACCGGCUGCGGCAGAUCAUCGCGUCCUACCCGGAGAACGGCGCCGGCAUGGCCAUCGGGCUGGAGGGGCACUUCACCACCCCCAACAUCCCCUACAUGCGCGCCGCGCUCGACUCGCUGGCCCAGAUCGGGCUCCCCGUGUGGCUCACGGAGGUGGACGUGGCCGGCGGGCCGUCGCAGGCGCAGCACCUGGAGGAGGUGCUGCGGGAGGCGUACGCGCACCCGGCGGUGCAGGGGGUCAUCCUCUGGUCCGCGUGGCGGCCGCAGGGGUGCUACGUCAUGUGCCUCACCGACAACAACUUCAGGAACCUGCCGCAGGGGGACGUGGUGGACCGGCUGCUCGCCGAGUGGAGGACGGCGGCGCAGACCGGCACCACCGACGAGCAGGGCUACUUCCAGGCCGAGGUCGCGCACGGCGACUACAAGGUCACCGUCAGCCACCCCUCGCUCAACACCUCCGUCUCGCAGAGCGUCACGGUCGACCUCGGCUCCGGGAACCACUUCUUCAUCCAGGCCUAGUAGAAUCAAAAAUGCUUUCGCUAGGUGUAAUGCAGAAAUGUUCCAGGGCAUCGGAGUAGUAACUAUUGAGAAAUCACUACGUGGUACUGUAGAACACACUAGAUUUAGCCAUUCAUGUACACAAAGUUUACACCGUAUAAAAAAAGGAGGCCGUACUACUUUACACGAUUCC